GACCAAGGCGGAACUCUCGACUUGGAUGAGUUCAAAGAGGAGUUCAUGGGCAUCUUUGAACGAUACCAGCGACGGCGGGGCGAGGUGGACAGUAAGGACUUGCCAUCAAUCCUCAACUGGUUGGGCUUUAUGUGGCCCAAGGAGCGGAUACAGCAGGUCCUCACUCAGGCAGCCACAGUGAAGACUGGGAGCCGCAUCGACACCCACAACUUCAUUGUUUGCAUGCGUAAGGUCCGUGAGUGCGAACUGGAGGCAGCCGAGGAAGCAGGUGUGCCGACCACCGAGCUGGCUCCUGAGAGAGUUCUGAGUGAGUUCUGGUUUUCGGUGCCCGCCGCAGAAGGCUUUUGCGACAUCGAUCUCGAGCAGAUCGACAAGGCCUUCGACAAGGACCGAUGUGACAGAUGUAUGAAAGUUGCCGGCAAAGCUUUGAGAGACGACGCGCCAGGAGCAAAAGGAGCCAUGUCUGCACUCAGAGAAUUGGGCUUCACUGCCAACUUUCUGGUCAUGGAAAGCAUGCUGAACAAGGUUGAUGUGGAUGACACUGGGAGCCUCGACAAGUCUGAGUGCUCAACAUUUGUGGCUGUACCUGGUGACAAGUAUACCAAAAGGAUCCAAAAGCCCACCAAGCUUGAGGAGGGGAGAGAGAAGUCGGAGAAGUCGGAAGGUUUUGUGAAGUCAAGAGGCUCUGAGAUGUGCAACAAUGUCCAACAUGUACAUGUCUAUGCCUCUAUGCUUCUGAUUUGUGAUGUGUCUUUGAUUGCUGAAAUCCAAUGCAACUCUGUGGCGCAGCCUGAAUCACAGGGCUCCGAUGUCACAGUGGCUUCGGUCACGGUGUCGGACACUGCUGACACCGGGCGGCAGCCACCAUGGUCGAUGCUGGCAGCCUUGUGCCUGGCGAGUGCUGUUGAAGGCAUCGAUUCACAGCUGGUGCCUGCAUGCCAAUUCGCUUUGCAGAAGGGUGGCCUGAUGAAGUUGACAGAUGUUGCCAUCCUGAGCACCGUUCAGAUGGUCCUAACCAAUCUGGCUGCACCCUUUUGGGGUGUCCUCGCUGACCGAGGCUGCCUCAAAAGGAAGCACAUCUUGAUGCUUGGAUCGCUGGGAGAGGCAACUGCUGCGACGUUGAUGGCCUUUGUCCCCGCCAACGGAUUUGGAAUGAUGAUCGCCCUUCGUGGAAUGAGUGGAUUCUUUCUGGCAUCUUUAAGGCCCAUUGUGAAUGGCAUUGUGGCAGAUUCGACCUCUGACGAUCGCCGUGGCAAAAUGUUCUCCUAUGUGCAGAGUGCGCUGUUGGUGGGCAUGUGCCUGACGACACUGGUUGCUGGCAAUUUGGCCAACAUCACAAUUGGCGAAAUUCCUGGGUGGCGAGCACUCUUUGUUUUGGGGGGUGUGCUUGCUGCUCUCAUCGGUGCAGUAAUUGGUGUAUUUAUGGUCGAGCCACCGAAACAGCUGGAUGCCUCAGCAGGCAAGAGUGGAUGCAAUGCGGUGAUUGAAGAAUUGUGCAUCAUGGUGCACUUUUUAACAAUCCCCACCUUUUUGAUCAUGGUGGUGCAAGGAAUCUUUGGCACCAUCCCGUGGACUGUCAUGGGCAACAACCUGCUCUUCUUCAAGCUCUCAGGUCUUGAGGAUUGGCAAGGAUCCCUUCUAGCAUCAGAAGGCACGGUGGUGGGUGUCUUCGGGAACCUGCUUGGGGGGUUCAUCGCAGACAUUUUAGCCAAGCGCUUUGGCUACCAUGGCCGACCUCUUAGUGCACAGAUCAGUGUGGCCGUGGGCAUUCCUUUGAUCUACCUUUGGUUCGCGGGCAUUCCACCAGGUUCCGACGCAGCGGUCUUCGGCGUCUACUUCACGGUGAUCGCUUGCUUUAGCACCCUUGGAAACUGGGCACAGUCUGGGACCAACUUCCCGAUCCUGUCGGACAUUGUGCCCCCACAGAACCGCAGUAAAGUCAUGGCGGUGGAGUGCGCCCUUGAGAACUCCAUUGCCACCCUCAUUGGCCCCUUGUUCGUGGCAAACUUGGCGAACGCCUUUGGCUAUGAGUUUGGGCGAAAUGAGGGUGAGAGCAGAGACAUCCCUUCUGCAGUUGCUUUGGGCCAGGCGAUGGCCGCAACAAUUUGUAUCCCCUGGUGCGUGACCUUCUUGGGGUACAGCUUUUUCCACAUCAGCUACCCCGCAGACAUGCGCAGGCUUAAGGCGCAGCUCGAGAAAGAGAAAGCCAGCGCGGCCAGCGGGGCUGUGGAAGUGAAGGAAGCUGAAGUAAUUUAG